UUACUUGGCAUAAAUGUCCUUCACUAUGGAGGAUAAUUUAGAGUCGGGAUGGGUAGCAGUCCGCCCCAAUGCGUUUGAGGAAAAGGAGAAGCACAAAUUUGUUUUUAUCGUCGCCUGGAAUGAGGUGGAGGGGAAAUUUGCCAUUACGUGUCACGAUAGGACGGUUCAGAGGAGAAGCUUCGGCAGGGACCCUCUGGCGGAACUGACCAGCCUGGAUGGGGACAAAACAAGAUGGCCUGAAAGUCCCAUCAGGGAUAAAGUGUCUCGGAGUCCAAGUAAAGGAUGCAACCCUAAAACCAAGUCCGUCACAGCGACUAAACCGAGUCCAGUCAAGAUUCCGACGGAUGCGGAGAUACUGGGAGAGGACGAGAUGUCCUCUUCAUUGGACUCCCUGGAGCUGGAGGAGCUGGACAGCCUGAGCAGAGAGGACUGCAGCUGGGCAGGACUAUUCUCCUUCCAGGACCUGCGGGCGAUCCACCUGCAGCUCUGCUCCGUGAACUCCGUCCUGGAGCCCUGCCUGCCGCUGUUUCCGGAGGAGCCAGCCGGGAUGUGGACGGUCCUGUUCGGCCCGCCGGGGGUGUCGGAGACCGAAAUGGACGAGCUGUGCCACGGCUUACAGGUGUACCUCGGCCAUGCGCUCGAUACGUGCGGAUGGAAGAUCCUGUCGCAGGUUCUGUUCACGGAGAACGACGACCCAGAUGAGUACUAUGAGAGUCUGAGUGAGCUGAGGCAGUCCGGAUAUGAAGAGGCUGUCAACCGGGCAACGAAACAUCUGCAGGAGCUGCUUGACAAGCACAAAUCCAUGGACAGCAUGGUGGAGCUGCUGGAGUUAUAUGAAGAAGAAGACCAGGCCUACGGAGGCCUGCUGGACGCUUCCACACAGCUGUACCAGUACCUGCUGCAGCCCUUCAGGGACAUGAGGGAACUAGCAAUGCUGCGCAGACAGCAGAUAAAGAUUUCCAUGGACAAUGACUACUUGGGUCCCAGGCGGAUUGAGGCACUGAAGAAGGAGGACACUGACUGGCAGAAGAAAGCUCAAGAGGCAGUCCUCAACAUCCAGGAGUUCACUGUAAAAUACUUUGAGAUCACUGCCAGAGCCCAGAAAGGAGUUUAUGAGAGAAUGAAGGUGGAUCAGCGAAAAUUUGGGAAGUCCUCUUGGACGGCGGCGGUGGAGCGCAUGGAGAGGCUGCGCUACUCUGUGGCCAAGGAAACCCUGCAGCUUCAGAGGGCCCGGGAGAUCUGUCUGGAGCAGAGGAAGCACACACUUCGAGAGGAGAUGCAGAGCCUGUGUAGCGGUGAGGAUGCGAUGGCCCUCCUGGACCACAUGGAGACACGGUACUACGAGCUCCAGCUCCAGCUGUAUGACAUUCAGGCUGAGAUACUGCAGUGUGAGGAGCUGCUGCUCACUGCACAACUCGACAGCAUCCGCAGACAGAUGGCAGAGCGCCAGGAUGAGGUGGUUUAUUAUGACACCUUUGAAAGCGCAGACGAUAUAACGCAGGACGAUACUGGAGAGAAAGAAGAGCUGCGCAGACUGCAGGUCAGCGCUCGACAGCUUGAAGCCAGAAGGGGGCGCAUCACCACCAAGCGCUCCUACCUGCGCAACAAAAGGGAAAUCUGUGUAUCCAACCACACCCAGAAACAGCAGAGACGCCACACCGUCCUGAAGGACACAUUCUCCCACCCUGUCUUACAGCUUGGAAACGAGGAGGAGGAAGAUGAAGAGCUGAAGAACAGCAGAGUAAGUCAGGAGAGGCAACGGACUCUGGACAGGCUGCGCUCCUUCAAACAGCGGUACCCGGGCCAGGUGAUUCUGAAGUCCACUCGUCUUCGAGCGUCCCACGGCAGACGGAGGGAGCGAGGCAGAGCAGCCGCCGAGCUCGGCAGCGUCAGCGGGAGGGACGAAUGCGUGGACUCGGUCAGCGUCCAGACUCAGGACCAGCCGCUGUGCCUGAGCACCGGCGUGCAGACGGAGCCCAGCGCCACCCUCACCACUCAGCCCGUUGCGACUCUCACGGCGCCCGUCCCUCCUCUGCCUGUCACCAGCCCCGCAGAUUCGUCCUGCUCCCCCUGCUCCCUCUCCUCUCUGCUGGCGUCCCCUGUCUCCCCUCCUCCACCGCCGCCCCCGCCGCCUCCACCACCAGUGAAGGAGGAGUCCUCUCCGUCCGGCAGCGUGGGUCAAUAUCGCCAAAUCGCUGAAGGGAGGAGCGUGGAGGAGGAGCUCAUGCUGUCGCCACUCGGUCCGUUCAUCCCUCGCUUUUUUGACAGCAGCCAGCUGGUGAGCGCGCGCAAGAAACUGAGGAAGACUCCAGAGUUUGACUCCCACAGCAGAAGAGUGAGCUCACCUAUGGACGAAGUGCUCGCAUCACUAAAGAGGGGAAGCUUCCACCUGAAGAAGGUCGACCAGCGCUCUCUGCCUCCUGUCAAGGGCGACGACGACCCCAACAGCAUCCUGGCUCAGAUACGCAAGGGGGUCAAACUCAGACGCGUCCCCUCGAAGGACAGAAAGGACCAGGGAGAGCUCCCCGCAUCCACCGAUCCGCUGACCAGGAGCAUCCACGAGGCGCUGCGCCGCAUCAAGGAGGCGUCGCCAGAGUCUGACUCGGACGACGACGGACUGACGGCCCCCGACUGGGAAAACUAGGGUUCAGAUAAGACGGCCACAGAAAACUGCACACAAGACAACACUCAGACUGUUCUGCACUGUAGAGUUCAGCGUCGUACUGUAAACACACACGUUCACUCAUCACCUGGCGAUUAAGCCAACACCAGGGUCACAGCCGCCGUCACCAAAUGCUCCAGAGGCCUACGAUCAGCUUUACUUUGGAUUUUUACACAACAUUCGCCAUCAUGACGGGGAUGGUCUUGUUUUUAUGGUUUUUACCAGUCGAAUCACACUGAACGGUUGCCAGGUUUGUUUUUUUUUUUCAUGUUUCUAUCACUUGUACUGUCAGACGUCUGCACUUGACACCAACCCACUGAACUGACUGACACGCUGCGUACGGGACGUUCACAGAACUGAGGGGGGGUUUAUUGCUGUGUUCAUGCAGGGAGCUUCGUGAACGAGAGGCAGCGAGUGCAGGAAAAAAUAUGUUAGGAGUGCGCAGGGUAAUCUGGGGGCUUUACAGGAGAUUUCAAAAAUGAAUACAUGAUUAGACAAAGACUCAGACUGGGAUUACUGGAUUUACUGUCCAGAUUGGAAACCAUUACUCCAUCAAACAUCACUUUCUUUUUUUUGUUUUUGGACACUCUAAAAGCUGCUGGGUGAAAAUCGGCUCAUCUUAUUUUGCUGAACCGGUCCUGGGUUGUGGGUUAGUCGCGACAUACUGGGUUAGGAUUAACAGGGCUGUGAAUGUUGCUACCAAAGAGCGGAUUGAAAAGAAUAAACAGUAAACUAGAUUAUUAAACAAUUUAAGUCUGAAUAAAAAGGACUUUGGCGGUUCUUUCACAACCGCUGGUGCCUGUCAACAAUAAAAAUCCAACCCUAUAACGUCAAAGGACACUUGAUUGACAAUCAGUUAAGUUUGGAUAAACCAAAUCUAUAGUCAGUACAUAAAAUGUCUCCUUUCUAUUAUAUUUUCCAUGUUAUAUCCCCUGCUAAAUACUCAGGAACAAAGUUUAUCUCAAGUUAACAAGCUCUCUGGUGUAACGUUUUACUGACUGAGGCGUAACAAACAGUCUGUGUCAAUGAUCUCUUCUGCUGUUACUUUCUGGGUUAAAAGCUAAAGAUUCUGUGAACUGCUGCCCUAUGUGAGUGGAAGUCAUCAACACAACCCACUGACGUUAACAUUGUUAUGCAGCGUAAAUCAUGCAUUCACCAUCUCGCCAUUUCUUACUUUAUUCUGCAGAAGAGACUCAGGGAAGUUUGUUCAGGUCGAACAAGAAAAACAGUGAGGCUCCUUCUAACCUAGCGGAGUGGGUCGCGUGUUCGGUUAAAAACGAUCCGGCUUCAGUCCCAACAGCACAAACUCAGCAUCCGGGGUAAAGAAAACAGCCCAGCAGUCUUUAGUCAGCAUCAGCAAACCGCUUCGGCUGAGCCUGGUUCUCUGCUGAGGGAUUGUCAGGCUGUUCGACGACUGCUGCUGCUGCUUUCGUAAUUAAAAUGAUUUUGUUGGCAACGUCAGAUUUUCCUCUAGUAUUCCACUCUGGACUUCUCACCAGUGAGUUUUACUGUUUUACUGUUCAGAUCUGAGGCUGUUAACUUUGAGAAGGAAACGACUGAAGAUGACGAGGGUCCUGAUUAGUGGACGUGUUCUCUGUGUUGAGAAGUGAACAUUUCUGCUGGUGAUUCCCAAACUUUGUGUGUGUGUGUGCGUGUGUGUGUGUGUGUGUGUGUGUGUGUGUGUGUGUGUGUGUGUGUGUGUGUGUGUGCGUGCGUGUGUGUGGGAUUGUAGAAGCUGAACCAGUUACUCGUCUUCCAGUGACGAAUGUUCAGUGGGAGGCCAGAUUGCCUCACCGUGGGCUCAUGAUUUAUGCUCUUCCUCCUGCUCUCUUAUUCAUUUACUCUCUGCUCCUUCAUCACAUCUCCUCUUUCCUCUCACUUUGUAGGCAGUAGCGCAGAGACAGGGGGGUUAUUACUCUUAGACGUGAAAACAUACACACGCACACAGACAUCUAUUUCACAGCCACUGUGUGUGUAAAGAUAUUCCAGCAGCAACUUGUUUCUCAGAGAUGGUUUCAACCCUUUUGCGUACGAUAAAAGUUUUCUGGUUUCAAUAAACGCUGAGGCAUAUGUUGCAUUGUUAGUUUAAAAACACCAAGCAGCUUUUGGAAUCAGACCCUGAUAUGUGUGAAAUCAUUACUCAGACGCCGAGCAGCACAAUACGACUCACAAACGUGACUCGAAGCAGAAGGACGUGGAUUCACACAUGUAAGCUCAAACACUGGAAUAACUCCAUUUUGCACUGUGUUGAACAGCUCUGAUGCAACGUAUUACCCUUUCUCUUUUAAAAUGCAUUUGUUAAUAAAUUCAGAUAAUAGUAAAUUAAAAAAAAGUAGCCCAAGUUAUUCAGGACUUUUCUGGGUACAUUGCAGGUGUGUUAAGUCCACUUUUUAUUCAUCACAGUUGUUUUUAUGUAGUCCAGCUUAAUUGUCGAGGCUCGAAAUCUUUUGAGACGACAAUACUGUCUAGAGUGAUGUCACUUUGGACAGUAUUGGCUGUUCACUUCACCGUUAAGUUGAAGUGAACUUAAUGGUGUGGUGAACAGCCCCGUCUCUGGACAUUAACCCUCCGUCUUGAGGGACUUUUCCAUCAGUCUCUCACCUGUGGAGCCAAUCAGACAUACGUUACAUGAGGCACCAUCUGUUCCUGUUACUUUCCUGGCUAAGCAAACUUGAAGAACGGCUACAUCUCUGUUUUAGCUGUGAAUACUAUGUUCUUCCACCCUUAUCAUGUAGCAUGAGACAAAGCUCUAAUCCCCGUCCUGAGUCUUUAUCCUUAGCUUCAGUUAAAUCUUACCAGACGUAAUAAUGGAAGCAUAUAUUUUUCCCAUGUGAGUCUUAAUAUUUACGUUGCUUUAACCGUGGAGAAAGUUGCCCCGGAAGGCGUCGGCGUCCGUAACUUGCCUCAACUAAUGUUCCUGUCACUUACCUUCACCCGUAACUAACCUUAAAACAGCUUCUUUAUCAGCAGACUGUUUUUUUUUUUUUUUUUUUUUUGCUUAAAUUGUUUCCAGCCAAAUUGUUUUUGUGAUUGCUUUUCUUACGAAUAUCUUCUGUUAGCACCUGUUAUCCAGCCAGGCUGCGUGUGAUCCCUUGUUGUUCCUUUGAGAAGAUGUGCAAUAUAACAAUAUGGAAGAAAAAAAAGGGAUGGAAAAAAAAUUGUACGGUUGAUAAUUAGAUUGAUUGUCUUAAAAAUGACUUGGUAAAUCUCUCGGUUGCUAUUACACCUUAUGAAGUGUUCACAAAUUGUUCCAAAUGUACCUUUUUGCCUUUUUUUGUCAUGUAAUUUUCAUGUUUUCAAGUCUUUCUUUUUUAUUCUUAUUUUACAUUCUCACCCUUGCAUUGGAAUAAAUCCUUGUAAAGCAGCAAA